GGGGGCGGUGGCGGGAGGGAGUUGUCACCGGUGCCGGUGGUGGCGGCGGGUGAGGCGGGCGGGCGAGGCGCGGCGCUCCCUGCCACCGAGGGCCGCCAUGGCGGGGGCGCUGGGCCGCAAGGCCGUGGACUACCUGCGCAGCAAGGAGUUCAGGGACUACCUCAUGAGUACGGUAAGAAAAGGGAGAGGACUUCUGGUUUCACAUCUCUGACUUGAGCAACUUGCAGUCUUUUUGCCUCAGCACUGUUAUGACCUUGCCUGCAUCUGAAAGCAUAUUGCAGACUUCCAGGAGUGAUGCUCUAGUAAUAUUUAUUUGCAAGUCUGAGGUUGAGGUGACCAAGCAUUAGCUCCUUCACAAUGUCUCCUAAAGCAAUCACUACAAAAGUAAAGGGGCUUCACUUAUUCCUUACCCUUUGCUACAGAGAUCAGGUCAAGCUGGAACCACUCUUCUGCAUAGUAACAGUACAGCACUUUUGGGGGCCAGUUGCCAACUGGGGACUUCCUGUUGCUGCUUUUAAUGAUAUGAAGAAAUCGCCAGAAAUCGUUAGUGGCCGAAUGACACUUGCACUGUGUUUUUACUCCUUGGCUUUCAUGAGAUUUGCCUACAAAGUGCAGCCAAGGAACUGGCUUCUUUUUGCAUGCCACUUCACUAAUGAAGUUGCACAACUUAUUCAAGGAGGACGACUGAUCAAAUACAGGCUUGAGAAAAAGAACUAAACGUCUAACUUGAAGUAAGCCAUGGAAUGAGUUUAUCCUGAGUUACAACCAAGGAAGAUUUGCCAUCUACGGUUGCUCUGACAAUUACAAUGGGGUUAAAACAAACGCCUAUUAUGAAUGACCCCACCAAGAAUCCUUCUACUAGUUUUUUUUUUUAUCUUGCCUUUUAGAGAAUAAUAUUCAGCAAUGUAAACCAUUGUAUUUGAAGUUUUGCUGCCUUACAGGUCCUUAAUAACUACCCUUUUAAUAAAAAGUUAGUCAUCUGAAUAACAAGCAAUAUUUGAAAACCAACUUUUUUAUCUAACAGUCUACAAAAGCGGCCCAUGAUGGCUUGACAACUGUAGGUGGUAUCAUGAUAUUAACAUUCUUAAAAGCCAUUUAACUUGGGUGCAUUCAUUCCUAUCCUGUCUUUUUAUUUUUAAUUUUUUUUUUAACUUAAGCAGUGGCUUGCUAAUCUACAAGAACAAAUGUGUAGCAAGGCAGCCUGGAAGUGACCAGCUAUCCUUCUUCCCUUACUGCAUGCCUUGUCUCAAUAAAGAGACUUAAUUAAUAUCGAUUUUUAAGUCGCAUAUUAUUUGAAGAAGACUUGGAAGAGCAAAAGCAUAGCACUGAAUGAAUGAAGGCAACAAGGUCUGGUACUGUUAAGAAGUUCUAAAUGGAUUUUAUUUUUUCCUACCAUUUGAGUUGUUCUAGAUGUAUGUAAUCCUUACACAGAUAAAAACUUAACUUGUUUGCAGUCUAAGAUCUGAAGGACAUGAGGUGCCUUUCAGUAGUGUUUGAAGUCAUUGGGAGAGUGGUUUUCCCGCAUGACCUGCCUGAAAAUUACAUUGCUGUAAAGAUAUAGAUAACAAAGAAUGUAUGUGAUGGAUUUUAUUUCAGUGCAGUGUUUUUGAACAAUAAACAUGUUCCAAAUGGCAAUAAAUCCUUUCAACAUUUUGAAAA